AUGGCCAUGCUCUUAAAUGGAAUUGAAAUGGAUGGUAGUAUGAAGUAUAUGGGAGAUGACCUGACAGAAGGUCUUACGAAUUACCUAUUCUAUCCAGAUAAGAUAUGUUACGUUGAUGAAAACACUUGUGAACUGGUACCUACAAAGGAUUAUAUACGUCAAAAAGGUGUUAGAUAUUUUUUAUGGUAA